AUGCCGGUCAAGGCGUGGGCUUCAGCGGGCAUCCUUUCGGCUCACAAGAUAAUCGCCAGCUCCCCGGACAUGGACCUGCCCACGGUGUCCGCGCUCAGGAAGUUGGGGGUGAACCUGACCCGGAGCAACAAGGAGACGGUGAGGCACAGCGACGUCCUGUUCCUGGCCGUGAAGCCGCACAUCAUCCCCGUCAUCCUGGACGAGAUCGGGGCCGACGUCCAGGCCAGGCACAUCGUGGUGUCCUGUGCCGCCGGCGUCACCAUCAGCUCCGUGGAGAAGAAGCUGGCGGCCUUCCAGCCGGCCCCCAAGGUGAUCCGCUGUAUGACCAACACGCCCGUGGUGGUGCGGGAGGGCGCCACGGUGUACGCCACGGGCACCCACGCCCUGGUGGAGGAUGGGCAGCUCCUGGAGCAGCUCAUGAGCAGCGUGGGCUUCUGCACGGAGGUGGAGGAGGGCCUGAUCAACGCCGUCACCGGGCUCAGCGGCAGCGGGCCUGCCUAUGCGUUCAUGGCCCUGGACGCGCUCGCUGACGGUGGGGUGAAGAUGGGCCUCCCCCGGCGCCUGGCCAUCCGGCUGGGGGCCCAGGCCUUGCUGGGCGCUGCCAAGAUGCUGUUGGACUCGGAGCAGCACCCAGGCCAGCUCAAGGACAACGUCUGCUCCCCCGGCGGCGCCACCAUCCAUGCCCUGCACUUCCUGGAGAGCGGGGGCUUCCGCUCCCUGCUCAUCAACGCCGUGGAGGCCUCUUGCAUCCGCACACGAGAGCUGCAGUCCAUGGCCGACCAGGAAAAGGUCUCCCCAGCCGCCCUCAAGAAGACCCUCCUGGACAGAGUGAAGCUGGAGUCCCCGACAGUGUCCACGCUGACCCCCUUCAGCUCCGGGAAGGUCCUCACCAAGCUGGCCCCGGGAGGCAAGAAGGACUAAGGUAGCCCCGCCCCUCGGUGACAGGGCCCUCGCAGGAGGGGCCGGGCAGGGCGAGGGCAGGCUCAGCCGUCUUCAGAUCCUGGUGUAAAAGCUCCUUAAAUCUGUUCAGACCAAGCAG